AUGAUGCCGUUGCCAAGGGAGGACGAAAACGCCGAAGAGGACACAAGCAAUGCACCCAUAAAUCCAGAAGAAUCCAACGACACUAGUCUAGCCAAGGACGAGACCGUUUCGGACCUCGAUUGGCUCAAGCAGAGGAGAAUCCGCAUGAAGGAAAAUGAAGAAGAACAAGAAACCGAGAAGACAGAAAACCAGACAGAGAAAGCUGAAAAACCAGUGAAAUCAGAGAAGACGGAAAGCAAGCCUCAACGCAAACCAGUGGAAUACGUGAGUCCUGAAAAACUUACGGCCGACAAAAUCUUGCAAACAGGCCGUCUUUUUGUGAGAAACAUCUUGUAUGACUCGAAGGAAGACGACUUCCGUGAGCUCUUCUCUCAAUAUGGCCCACUCAAAGAAGUUCAUAUUGCUGUGGAUACUAGAACAGGAAAGUCCAAGGGUUACGUUUAUGUUCAGUUCAACAACAAUGAAGAUGCUGUUUCUGCAUUCACGGCUUUGGACAAGCAGAUUUUCCAAGGCAGACUCUUGCAUAUCUUGGCUGGUGAAGCCAAAAAAGACCACAAGCUCGAUGAGUUUGCAUUGAAAAACUUGCCACUUAAAAAACAACGGGAGCUCAAGAAAAAGGCACUGGCAAGCAAAUCCCAGUUCAACUGGAACUCUCUCUUCAUGAACAGCGAUGCCGUGUUGGAGUCUGUAGCGGCGAAAAUGGGUAUCGCCAAGUCGCAAUUGAUUGACCCGGAGAAUUCCAAUUCGGCUGUCAAGCAGGCUUUGGCCGAAGCUCAUGUCAUCGGAGAUGUGCGCAAGUUUUUCGAAGAAAGAGGUGUCGACUUGACUACUUUUAGCCAAAAGGAAAGAGACGACAAGAUCAUCUUGGUCAAAAACUUCCCAUAUGGCACUUCGCAAGAGGAAAUACGUGAUCUUUUUGCGGAAUACGGGCCUUUGAAAAGAGUCUUGAUGCCUCCAGCAGGAACAAUUGCUAUUGUGGAGUUCAGGGACUCUCCAAGUGCCCGUUCUGCAUUUACGAAGUUGGCUUAUCGUAUGUUCAAAAAGGCCAUUCUCUAUUUGGAGAAGGGUCCUAAAGAUUUGUUUGUACGUGAACCUACAUCCGACGAAACUGUUUCGCAAAGCGAGAAGACAGAAAAACCCGUUGAAGCAAAACUUACUGCUCGUGAUGUUAUGGAAGACGCAAACGAGUCCGAGGAAGAACAAAUGGCUGAAGUUGGCCCAACCGUUUCUGUUUUUGUCAAGAACUUGAACUUCUCAACGACCAGUGCGCUGUUAAGAGAACUUUUCAGCGAGUUGCCAGGUUUUGUAGUGGCAACAGUGAAGACGAAACCAGAUCCAAAGAAGGAAGGUGGUGUUUUGAGUAUGGGUUUCGGUUUUGUUGAGUUCAAAACUAAAGAGCAAGCAGAGGCUGCAAUUUCUGCUUUGGAUGGCCAUGUUUUAGAAGGUCACCGGAUUCAAUUAAAAAUCUCCCACAGAAAAUCAGGAUCCAAGCCUCAAGGUGCCAAGUCAUCCAAGUCCAACAAAAUCAUCAUCAAGAACUUGCCUUUCGAAGCUACAAGAAAAGAUGUCUUGGAGCUUUUUGGUGCUUAUGGAUCGGUCAAAUCGGUCAGAGUCCCCAAGAAAUUCGACAAGCUGGCCAGAGGUUUUGCUUUUGUGGAGUAUACGAUGUUGAAGGAGGCAGAAAAUGCCAUGAACCAGUUGGAGGGUGUCCACUUGUUGGGCAGAAGAUUAGUGAUGCAAUAUGCCGAGAAAGAGUCGGACAAUGCCGAGGACGAAAUCGAGAAGAUGACGCAGAAGGUGAAAAAGCAAGCGGCCUCGAGAGAAAUGGCUGCUGUCAGGCUGUCGGGCAAGGGCAAGUUCCUGUUGGACGAAGAGGAACAAGAUCCAUUCGCAGAAUUCUAA